AUGUAUGAAAUGUUGUUAGAAAGUAAUAUUCAUGUACUCGCUAUCAAAAUUUCUAGUGAUAUCAGGAAGUUUGGCAAGUUAUCCUCCCAACAAUUACGUAAUUCCCAACAGAAGAGAAAUUAUGGAGUAUUCAAACAUGAUGCGAAAAUGAAAGACAAUCACAAAGAAUUCAAUAAUAAUCACAGAAAAAAAAAGUCAAAAAAAGAGCAAGAUCAACAUCCAGGGCUUACAUUGAUAGACAGAGUAGUUUCUUUGGUUUAUUCACAAAAACAAACAGACACUCGUGAUAAAGACGAGAAAUUUAGAAACAAAAUGCUGCUUGAUCAUUUUACAAUGCUGAAAUCAAGUCUUCGAGAGACAAAACUUAUGCUCCAUUCUGUGUCUGACACUGAAAGUAUUCAACAUAGAUGGAACACAUUCAUGAACGCAUUCGUUUUUUAUGAGUAUGGUCAGAGUGUCUGUGAAGUACUUUCAAAAUACAUAUUUCAAAAAACGACAUAUGAAAGAUGGCACACGAGAAGUGACAAUGAAGCGUAUCCUAGAUUUACUGUCAUUAAAGGGGAUAUGUGUCUGCGAAAUAUUCGUCUUCAUUUCAAAUCCGAGGAAAAUGAGGAUGGUCAUGGAACAUGGGAUCUUUAUUAUGAGAAAGGAGAUGAUGAUCAUCAUAUCCUUUAUGUACUAUCUAUGGAAUCUGGAGUAAUGAUAGCAGAAAUCGACAAUUUAGAAUUAUUGAGACAGAAAAUAUUCGAGGAUAGCAAAGACAAGGACGAAAAGUUGGCCAUUGGUAAGAUCACUAAUGAGUUGUUCAUGCUUGUUUUACUGUUCCUUAUUAAAUGCAACUAUCAAGAAUCGCUAAUUCCACAUCGAAUUGACUUGAGAUAA